AUGGGAUGGGAUAUGAUAAGGGGAGGAGAGGGAGAGAAGAAGUCAGCGGGAGAGAGUGGGAAGGGAGAGGAGAUGGGUGGUAUGGAUAGUUUGAUGGAUUUGAUUAGUGGGGGAACUCAAAAAGAUAGUGCGAGCAUGAAGGGGACUGUUAGGACGAAGAGUGGGAAGGAGAAAAAGUAG